AUGAGCCAGAUUCAGCGACACACCUGCAUCAAAUUUCGCCCCAAGACCGCCGAUGACACCUUCUACAUCCGCCUCUUCAAGGGCCAAGGCUGCUACGCCUCAAUCGGCCGCGACCCCGAUUUUCCCGAGGGCCUCGUUUCGCUGGGCGAGGGCUGCUACUACGCCGGCACUGUGGUGCACGAGCUGAUGCACACUAUUGGUUACUACCACGAGCACAAUCGCCACGAUCGGGAUGAUUACCUGCGCAUCUACCCCGACAACAUCAACCCCGAGGACCUGGAGCAGUUUGACAUCAACGAUCGGCGGAAUGAGCGCAUCUUCACCUCUUUUGACUACAACAGUGUGAUGCUGUACGGCCCGCGGGCCUUCAGCAAGGACCAGCACUCGAUUACGAUGGAGCCCAAGCUGGCCGGUUUCUACAUGAUUGAGGUCCAUGAGAAGCCGGGGCUGACCAAGUUGGACGCGGAGA